AUGAAUACUCGUCGAUUAAAUAAUUCCAUGACGAAUACCGAAUAUCGUAUUGAUUUAAAUCCACAGAAUAAUAUCGAAGAUAUUGAAACAAUUGGAGAAGAAAUUGUUAAUCAAACACAACAACCAACAACACGACCAACGCCAGUAACAAAUGAAAUUAAUAAUGAUCAUCUUCAUCAAUUAAUUACUAUAUUAAAAGAGAAUUUAACAUCAACAUUUCCUUUUGCACUUAUUCUGAUACUUAAAGCAUUUUAUGAACAUUCAGCUGGUAUAUUUAUGGUAAUAUUCUUUUCGGCAAGUAUUUAUCAUGCAAAUACAGUUCUGGUUCAACAAGCAGCUUUAAAAUCAUCUCGCAAUUUAUGGCCAGUUAUUAGAGUGAUAACAAUUCUUAGUCUUUCUUUAAUACUUUUUUUGUAUUUAUUUCGUCAAGAAAAAUUUUAUUUAUGUCUUAUAUUUGCUCGUCCUAAUUAUGCAAAAUGGGAUUUAUGGACUCUUCUUUGGAUACUUUAUUCAACAUUUUGUAUUGUUAAGAUGAUUGUGAUGAUUCUAAAAAGUUUAUUAAUAUUAUAUCCAAUAAAAACUGAUAAAAGUAAAUAUUGUUUAACAUAUCGUAAACGUGGUUCAUAUUUUUCAUUAAUUGAACAUUUAUCACAAUUUUAUAUAAGUGUAUUAACAAUUCGCCCAUGGGUGCAUUUUAUAAUGGAAAAAAAUCAAGAAAAUUAUUUAUUUGCAACAUUUCUCUUAAUAUUUUAUGCAAUUGUUAAACUUUAUAAUAUUUAUAAAACACUUGUACAAUUACGUGGAUCAUUAAAAGAAGCAUUUCAAACAUUACCAUUUCCAUCAGCAUCAAUAAAUGAAUUGAGAGAGAAUAUGUGUCCAAUUUGUCAAUCAGAAUAUCAAGAUCCAAUUAUAUUAACAUGCAAACAUGUUUUUUGUGAAGAAUGUGUAUCAUCAUGGCUUGAUCGAAAUGCUUCAUGUCCACUUUGUCGAUGUAAAUUACCAAUAGGACAAGCAAAUUUUCGUGAUGGAUUUACUUCAGGCUAUCUUAUUUGGUACUAA